AAGCACUGCUUAUGUCUCAGUCGUCAGUCUGUCCUUGACUUCAAACUUGAGAUCAAUUUUUUUGAUAACUAUUUCAGUAAAUAUCAAAUAAAUUGCUUUCAAUUGAGUCUAUACUUGUCUUAACUAUUGAGACAAACUGUUUGUUGAAAACUUUCCACACAUUUGACACAAUUGAUUGUCUCAUUUGUCCGCAAAGUCAACCAAACGCUCAGUUAUGGCAACUCUGAAGUUAGUGUCGAAUAUGAAUACAAGAAUAUCGUUGGCAGCGAUAACACCGACUGUCAAUCUGGUCAGACAUCAACACUGUUGGUGGUCUCACGUCGAGAUGGGUCCGCCCGAUGCCAUUCUUGGUGUUACUGAGACUUACAAGAAAGAUACCAAUCCUAAGAAAAUCAAUUUAGGUGUCGGUGCUUAUAGAGAUGAUAAUAGUAAACCAUAUCUAUUGCCAUCUGUUCUGAAAGCAGAAGAAAUAUUAAAAAGUAAAAAUUUGGACAAAGAGUAUUUGCCGAUCAGUGGUUUGGCUGAAUUUACUGCCGCAGCGGCCAAACUAGCCUUUGGAGAAAAUAGUCGAGUUAUUAAAGAAGGAUUGAAUGCUACAGUUCAAGGCAUCUCUGGAACCGGUUCUUUAAUGUUAGGCGCAAACUUUCUAAGAGAUUUCCACAACGGACCCAAAGAGGUCUAUAUGCCGACCCCAACGUGGGGUAAUCACAUCCCAUUGUUUAAAAAAGCGGGAUUUGCAGUCAAACAAUAUCGAUAUUAUGACCCGAAGACAUGUGGAUUUGAUUUUAACGGUGCACUUCAAGAUAUGGCUAAAAUACCCGAAAAAUCUGUUGUUCUUUUGCAUGCAUGUGCUCACAAUCCGACGGGAGUCGAUCCAAAACCGGAACAAUGGAGAGAGAUAUCCAAAGUUAUGAAACAGAGAAAUCUGUUUCCAUUCAUAGAUAUGGCUUAUCAGGGAUUUGCCACCGGAGACAUUGAUAGAGAUGCCACUGCUUUGCGACAGUUCAUUGAUGACGGACACCAAAUAGCUUUGGCUCAAUCUUUUGCUAAGAAUAUGGGUUUAUAUGCUGAAAGAGUAGGUGCCUUCAGUUUGGUUACGGCAUCUAAAGAGGAAAAGGAAAAAGUGAUGUCUCAGAUCAAAAUCAUUAUUAGACCGUUAUAUUCAAACCCUCCCAUUCACGGCGCAAGAAUAGCAGCACUUGUUAUGAAUGAUCCCGAACUUAGAGCUCAAUGGCUUAAGGAUGUCAAAGGAAUGGCUGAUCGUAUAAUUUCGGUCCGAACUAAACUUAGAGACGGACUCAAGAGAGAGGGCUCGACAAAGAAUUGGCAGCACAUUACCGACCAAAUUGGUAUGUUUUGCUUUACAGGUAUGGAUAAGGAUCAAGUGGAACGCCUUACCAAAGAGUUCAGUGUUUACCUGACUAAAGAUGGACGUAUAAGUAUGGCAGGAGUUACUUCAGGAAAUGUAGAUUAUUUAGCACAUGGUAUGCAUAGCGUCACUAAAUAGGUUCAUGUAUUAGAAUUAAUCUAAUAAUAUAUAUAUCAGUUAUUUAAAAUAAUGAUAUGAUUUGCGAGUAAUUA